AAGCUGCAAGACUGAUUCGUGAAGAGAGGUGUCUUUGUAACCACAUAUAAACAGCCGCCUGACUGCCUGAUCUGCAAGGGUGUGGCACAAGUUUAUAUCCAAUGGAAGGUGCUAACGAGGAACAGAGUGGGCUGGCAAAAAGAAUUGCGCACAAGCUUCACCGCAAGCACGACAAGGAGGAUGAGCAGAAUGGUAAACCCUUGCACGAUGGACCAGCGCCGCAUGCUCGGCAUCACCGAGUCGAAGGGUACGUGGAGUCUGGAGUGCACGCUGGAUUCACGGAGGUUUUGGAAAGCCUCAACCAGAAGGAAGUUUUGGACACCAUCUCCAAUUUGGUCAAGACCCAGGCCGUUGUCGGUGUUCAGGCUGCCUUUCAUGAAGGUCUGAACAUCCUCGGAGAUGAGAAGGGCUCAGCCGUGAUUGGAAAUUUGGUGGCUGCGCAAGCAGCUGUCUUGGCCCAGUUUGCUGGCACUCCCAUGGGACGCCAAGCUGCGCGCGAUGGCGCCAUGGAGGCUGUGGUUGGCUCAUAUGAUGCUGUGGAGAAGAAGUACCAGGAUUGGUACAAGAGGAACAAGCUGCUGCUGAUGGGUGGUGGCGUGGGCGCUCUGAUCUUCCUGCUGCCGGUGUUCCUUGCCCUGUGGCGCUUUGUCCUCUUCGGCUUCGGCCCCGGCUGGUCCGAAUGCCGCUGAUCUGUACUCACAAUGGGUAUAACAUCGCUUCAAAAAAUUGUCAGGGUGGCAGAGACAGUGCUUUCUGGCCCCCUCUUAGAUAGGGCGUUGCCCAGCACUUUUGGGCAGCAAACAAGACACUGGGGACUUUGGGUCCAGAUACGGACCCGAAGUCCCUGUCAGAAGGCUGGGGUUGCUCCCUUGACGAACCAAGACCCUGUUACGGUAUCCGCAGGCAGCACAUGCUUUCCCUAUUGCGCAGGCUCCUUUAAUUCUGGCAAAAUGGGCAUCUAGGCUUUGCCUGGGCCCUGAAGGCAUUUUUCUUUGUAGCUAGAUUGAUAGUCAGUGUGUAUCUGUAAGGCGUAGUCAGGUAGCAUUAGCUAAUGUCCCUAGAUGGUGCUUAAUGACAACUGAAAUUGCAGAUUCACCUCAGUCCUGUACAGGAAGUAGUUCUGUGAGCUCCGAGGCCACCUAUGAUAGCUAUAGAGCUCUGCACUAGAUCAAGAUACGUAGCUUACAAUUUACUGGCAGUUGCUGGGUUGUGGGACUGUGUAUCGUAGAUCCUGGGGUUGGUUCUCAGCGCGCUGAGUGGCCAUCCUUGAUUUACCACAGUGACGCGUGUGUGGCAUGUAUGAAGUUUCAAGAAAACAUUAAUUUACGUCAUCGGUCAGCUGAAGCUUCUGAGGAUCAUCAGGAUGUCUAUGGUGUGUAUAUCUUGAUGUCUACCUGAUGUCUACAUCUUGAUGUAAAUGUUUUCUACCCCGAC